AUGGAUGAGCUUCGGUUCCGUGCCGCGAUGCUCUGUCUGGUUCUUGAUUCCCGUGCCGUGGUCCAUGCAGAAGAAGUAUUAUAUUGCAACUACUUGAGGGCAGAGAUGGCUCCCAUCCACUUUGGCUCCUUGGUCUAUGACUAUCAAGCAAUGGACGUGAUCGGUCCCUUUGAUUUGAUCGGGUCUGGAGGUCGCUUCAUUCUAGACGCAGUGAGCUUCUUUACCGAUAUUGACAGGAAGCUCAUCGACCGUGCUCCCGAAUUCGUUUUCCAUCAUAUUGGAGAGACGCUCGACCCGGUCCGACUCCUCACGAGCUCGCUUGUCGUCAAUCCUACCGACACGCUUGACGACUGUCCUGAAUUGGACUAUUUGCUGGUUGGCGGUCCCAAUAUCAAGGACUUCAAAUUGUCACCACGGUACGCGGAAUUCAUCCGGCGACACGUAGCUGCUGGAAAAAUCGUCUUUACUACCUGUACUGGCGCUGCAGUUCUUGCUUCAACAGGCGUCUUGGACGGGAAGAGGGCCACCAUCAACAAUCUUGAAUAUGAAUUCGCCAGAAAGCAGUAUCCCAAGGUUAAAUGGACCAAGGAAACGAAGUGGGUUGUUGAUGGAAAUAUCUGGACUGGUAGUGGAGCAGUGGCUGGAAUGGAUAUGUUCGCGCACUGGUUCAAGGAAAGUUUUGGCUUGGAUCUUCUCACUGAGGCCUCUAAAGGUCUUGAUUAUGAGCCUCGUGACAUUAAUGGGCUGUUCAAGGUGUUUCCACAACGGUAUGAUGAGAAUGGAGUGCAGCUCUCUACACUUGUGUUGCCAUAAAGAGACUGGACGAUCAGUUACAAGAGGCCAAAAUAAAUUAGUGACAGCAUCAAUGAACUACUAGAGGUUACCAACUGAAUCGAAAACACUAUCUAUCACC